AUGUGCCAUGAGCUCGAACCAACCAUCAACGUGUCGGCACAAAGACUGUCGGAUCAGGUGCGAGUCAUUCAGCGUAAUCGUAUGUUGGAUGAUAUUGUACUUGAUCGACUGCAAAGUGAAGAACUCAGGAGUCGUGUCAUCAUUCCGCUGCAACAAAAUAUAGAGGAACCAACACAAAUUGAACCUGUUGUUGCACCGAAUGAUGAUAGGACUACGGAGGUAAGUACUCACAAAUGCAGUGAAGAAUUGAGGAGGGCUUUGGAGGAUGCGAUUCGGGAAUACCGGUUUAUAUCGCCCUCUCUUAGGCCGCGUUUACCUCGUCUGCCCAUGCAUAAAAAGAACAGGGCGCUAGUAUGUGCCCUGGACUCGGAGCUAUCAAAUUAUUUUGAUAGUUCUGAGGACCUUAUCGAUGGUCAUUCAAUUCUGUACUGUGGAGCAAUAGCAGCAUGCCGUGUAGCUAACGUAAAACUACUCGAAAGAGAAAACAACAGCACACGGCAGAAACCAGCUGUACCAGCUUGGCAGUGCAGGAUUGAACGACGUAUCGAUGAGGCUAGGACACUUAUUGCCAAAUUGAUCUGUUUCAGGGAGGGCAACACGCGCCCAAGAGUGAUGCGUUUUGUGAGGCGGGCGUUCCUGGGGAUGGAUAUAAACCCCCAGGACUAUGUCUCACAUAUUACGGAGCGUCUUGACUUCCUGAAACAGAGAAUUUAUGCAUGGGCAAACCGUAUUCGUCGGUAUAAGAAGCGAGUGGAACGGUAUACACAGAAUCGCACAUUCCAAAGGGAUCAAAGGUGGGUGUAUAGAAAUUGGGAGCUAAAAGAACAGACUAGGACUGACACGUGCCUACCAGAUGCUGAUGUUACGACGUCGUUCUGGCGUAGCAUUUGGUCGGCACCUGUUUGUCACACUGAAGGGGAUUGGAUUGAGAAGGUUAGGCAAAAAUGUGAACUGGUACCAGAAAUGGAACAAAUCUCCAUAACCACCGAAGAUGUGUCUAAUGCAGCCUAUCCGUUGGCUAACUGGAAAGCUCCAGGCCCGGAUGGGCUGCACAAUUUCUGGUUAAGAUGGUUUACCAGUUCGCAUAGUCGCUUGGCAUCUCAAUUUUCUGUCAGCUUUGGAGUCUGGAUCUUUGCCUCAAUUGUUUACGACUGGGUUAACCCACCUGCUCCAUAA